AUGAGAAACAAGAAUGUCACCAUUAUUGGUUUAACUGGCGCAAUUGCAGGCAAGAAAAAAAUCUUUAAACUUCGUGUCGAACCAUGGCCGUCAUCAGAACGAGUGUUUGAAGUAAAAUUAAACGCGUUUGAAAAAGUUUUAAAUGAGACUGUCGAUGCUUCCUGCGCGUCAUUCGGCAAAUGUGAAUGUAAGGAUGGUGGAAUUAACGAGUUUACUACAUAUACUAAACCCGGUGGACGCACUGGAUUGGUCAAUUGGACAAUACCAGAAAUCACGUGUUCUGAUUAUGAGAGAGGCAAGGUUGAUCCACCUUAUCACGCGUCUCCGGCAAUUUUGCCAAUGGGCAAACACGUGAUUACCUACCCAUUCUCGUAUAAACGUGAUGGCAAAAUUGUUCAAUUUAAAUGUUUCGUAAAUUUUACUGUUGUCCCUUGUGAAUGCCCAUGUACACAAACAGUGACUAGGGUUGUACGCAGUCAAACAGAAAAAGUUUUUAUCACCUGGUCAGAGCCUAAACCUACAUGCCCAACAACACCAAGUGCUGGCAAUCCUAACGCGACCAGUGGAUGGUUCUCUGUUGGUAAUUACACGCGAAACUACAACUACAGCUACAGAAGCAACUAUGAGACAUUUGCUAUGGAAUGUUAUGUAACAUUUGUUGUUACAGGUUUAAUAAUCCGAUGAUGAAUUCAACGCGAUUUCGCAACGACUUGAAUUUAAAAGUAAAUUGAUUGCAUACGUGAUACUUAUCGAAUAUAAUUUGUAACAUGAAAUGU